AUGGGGCGGCAGCCUCAGCGGCUCCACGCCACGCUGCCGCUCCGGGCCCUCAAGUCCACGCAGGGUGUCCACACCGUCUCAGACACCCACACCUCCGGGCCAGGGCGGCCUGGCUGGAGCAGCAGGUGGGUGCUGCUGGGACCCGCGAGGACCCCAGGGAACCGACCCACUCCCACUCUCCUCCCCGAGACGGCUCCAGGGACUCCGUCUCCCCAGAGCCUGUGGACGCCCCCUCCUGACCCGGUGUCCUCUCUAGGGGCCCAGCUCGGGGUCCUGCCGCCCUCAGCCUUAGCCGCCUUCUCUGGGGUUCGUCAAGAAGCACCUGCUUUACAGACCAACGCUUCAAUGCCUCCGGAAGCUUCAAGUUCAAAAACACUUUCCAGAAACCCCUUUAACGUAAGAAUCUUUGCUCAGAUGGAUGAGCCCUGA